UCCCAGCGCACUGGCUGCUGGAAAGGAGGAGCUGAGAAGAUGAGUUCAAAUGUUUACAUCCCGCUGGUUCUCACUGUCUACAUUGUCACCUUCCUGACCGGCCUCCCGUCCAACCUUCUGGCCUUCUACACCUUCCUGGUGAAGGUCCGCCAGAAACCCACCCCCGUCGACAUCCUUCUCCUCAACCUCACCGUCUCCGACAUCUUCCUCCUCAUCUUCCUCCCCUUCAAGAUGGUGGAGGCUGCCUCAGGCAUGGUGUGGCCCUUGCCCGCUUUCCUCUGCCCACUCACCAACUACUUUUACUACAAUAGCAUCUACAUCAGCUCCCUCCUUCUCAUGGCCGUCAGCGUUGAUCGCUACCUGGGGGUGGCCUUUCCCAUCAAGUACAAGCUCCGGCGCCGUCCAGCUUAUGCUGUUGCCACCUCCGUGGUCUUCUGGUUGAUCACAUGCGGCCACUGCAGCAUCGUCUACAUUGUCGAAUACGAGGUCCUGAGCCCCAAUGGGACCGCGACUUCCAAUAACGUGUCCAACUGCUAUGAACAUUUCUCCCCUACGCAGCGCCAGAUCCUGCUCCCUGUCCGGCUGGAGUUCUUCGUCGUCCUCUUCUGCCUCCCCUUCACCAUCACCAUCUUCUGCUACGUCAACCUUGUCCGCAUCCUGGUGGCCUUGCCCAACAUCCCGGCCCGGAGGAAGCAGCGGGCCGUGGGCCUGGCUCUGGCCACCUUGUUCAACUUCAUAGUCUGCUUCGCCCCCUACAACCUGUCCCACGUGGUGGGCUUUGUCCAGAACGAGAGCCCCUCCUGGAGGGUGUACGCUCUUCUCCCCAGCACCCUCAAUGCCGCCUUGGACCCCGCCAUCUUCUACUUCUCCUCCACUGCUGUCCAACGGGCCUUCGCCAACUGCCUGGCCGCCCUGUGGCAUAACCUCAGCACCAUCAUGUCCCGGUGCCAUCUCCCCUGCUUGACUCGCUGCGGAGAAGGGGGCAGCGAGUUGAAGGCAGCCAGUGGGAACGUGGUUGAGGAGUCAACGACUUGA